CAAAGAGGGAAGAUUGAGGAGGCCGGCUUCCAGUCUCCAACUCCAACAGGACCGGCCCCGAGUGGCAGAAACAAACGGACAUGAGCACGUCGUCGACGUCUUAGCGGGUGUUGGAGGGACAAUGUGAAGAUUUGUACUUUUGAACCGGCACUGUUGUUGGAGAGCUCACCACAAACACAAGCGGGGAAAGAUGGCGAGGAGGCGCAUCGACAUGCUCCUCGUUUUGGCUCUGCUGGGAGUUUUCUUCCUCCAUGUGUCCGUGCAACAACAACAGGAGGAGGUGGAGGAGGAGGAGAGGUCCUGUCAGGGCGCCUUCGACCUCUAUUUUGUCCUGGACAAAUCUGGAAGUGUGAAGCAUCACUGGAUCGAGAUUUACUCCUUUGUGGAGCAGCUGGCAGAGAAAUUUAUCAGCCCCAUGCUGAGGAUGUCCUUCAUCGUCUUCUCCACACGUGGAAACAUCAUUAUGAGUUUAACUGAGAACAGGGAGGCCAUCACUGGAGGACUGAGAGCUCUGAAAAGUGUGAUUCCUGGAGGCGACACAUUCAUGAAUUUAGGCCUAGAGAUGGCUAAUGCACAGAUAUAUCAAGAGAGACAAGGGACAGCCAGCGUUAUCAUCGCACUGACUGAUGGCGAGCUGAACGAGUGGCAGUUUGACACAGCUCAAAGAGAGGCUCAGAGGGCCAGGUCUAUGGGAGCCAUUGUUUACUGCGUAGGGGUCAAAGAGUUUAACCAGACCCAGCUUGCAACCAUUGCCGACACUAUGGAACAUGUGUUCCCUGUGUGGGGGGGCUUCCAAGCCCUCAGGGGAAUCAUUGACUCGAUCAUCAAGAAGUCCUGCAUCGAGAUCCUUGCAGCUGAGCCAUCCAGUGUGUGUGCAGGAGAGAGCUUCCAGGUGGUGGUGAGAGGCAACGGUUUUCUCCAUGCCAGAAACAUCGACCAGGUUCUCUGCAGCUUCAAACUGAAUGACACACACACGGUUGAUGAGAGACCAGCCGGGAUAGAGGAUACGUUUCUUCUCUGUCCUGCUCCUGUUGUGGAAGAAGUGGGAAGGGUGAUCUACCUGCAGGUGAGCAUGAACGAGGGCAUCUCCUACAUCACCAGCUCAGUUCACAUCACGACUACUGAAUGUUUUGACGGCACCAUUGUGCUUAUUUCCCUGCUGGUGGUGUUCUUGCUGUUGGCCCUGCUGCUCAUGUGGUGGUUUUGGCCUCUCUGCUGCACUGUGGUGAUUAAAGAACCUCCACCGCCACCUCCUCCAGAACCUGAAUCAGAUGAUGAAGAUGGGAUGCCCAAGAAAAGGUGGCCCACAGUGGACGCUUCCUACUAUGGAGGACGAGGAGUGGGUGGCAUCAAACGCAUGGAGGUUCGCUGGGGGGAGAAGGGCUCGACUGAGGAGGGCGCUAAGCUGGACAAACCUAAAAAUGCAGUUGUCAAGAUGCCAGAACAAGAAUUUGAACCUUAUGAACCCAAACCUCGUAAACCUACCCGCCGGCCCACCCAGCAGAGGAGGUGGUACACUCCCAUUAAGGGGAAGCUAGAUGCUCUGUGGGCGCUGUUUAGACGAGGCUACGACCAGGUAUCACUCAUGAGACCUCAGCCUGGAGAUCAGGGUCGCUGCAUCCAAUUCCACAGGGUCAAAGACGGCGAUUCCCCCCCAAACAACCGCCCUCCCCUCCGUGCGCACCACCACUCACCACCAUCCCCUUCCUCGCCGCUGCCUCCCGCGCCCGCCGAGCAGCUACCUCUGGUCUCCAACUCAGUCCCCCGUAUGAAGCCUCCAUCCAGAGGUCCUCGCACUACGCCUCCGUCACGUACGCCCCCCUCCACGGUGAGACCCCCACCCGGGCCACCUCCUUCUCGGGCACCGCCGGGGCCACCAGGACCCCCACCCUCGAGACCCCCACCCAGGCUCUGAUGGUGAUGAUGAUGAUGAUGAUGUGUGUAAAGCACAUGGAAGCCACAAGCUCUGGUGGGACGCUUUGGGCUUUGUUGCUGGACAGCAAAAAUAUUUAUCCUCAUUUUGUCAAUUAAAAAGAGACAGGAAGUGCAGGUGAAGGCAAUUCGCUUUCGAUGAGGAUACGAGGAUACGUGUGCUUGCUUGGGUGUUUUAUUCUGUAUGGAGGGAGAGGGGUUGGAAGGUGGAGUGUGGAUGUGCAAAGCGUGUGGUGAAAGCUUCCAGGAAAGAUGUUUUGAAAGUAAACUACCCCAAGUUGCUGCAGUUUAGUCCUUUUGUCUUUAAAUUCUUGUUGCAACUGCAGGGCAGUUUCUCCAGGCUUUAUUUAUUUGGUGACAUUACAAGCUGAGUCAUCAUCACUUUUAAGGGGGAAUGUCAUUUUUUUUUUCUAUGAGCAAACCCUUCAGAAUGACAUCUAUCUUCCAUGCAAAACCUGCCUUGUACCUUGACUUUGUUUCCCGUCUACUUCAUUUACCGACUGAAAUGAUGGUUUGCAUUAUUUCUGUAUUAACAACUUGUCUUUUUAAUAAACGUCAUUUGUUUUUUA